AUGGCCUUCUCUAUGUUCCUUCGUACCCCUGCCUGUGCCAGCCAACUACUAUCCCAACAAGUGAUGAAGCUGGGCACACAAGCCUCACUAAAACCUGUUCAGACACAAAGAACGCUUAAUGCUGUUAACACACUCAAGAAUACACUCUUGAAGUCUGAAACAACACCUACAUUGAAUGCAGUCCGGUCAUUCCGUACAUCAGCUAUAAGGAUGGCAGCUGCUAAAAGCGAUGAUCACUCUAAGUUGUGGGUGAUUGAAAGGAUAACAUCGGCAAUACUCAUCCCACUCGUCCCAUUAGCUUUGAUGGUACCCAACAAGGUGUUUGAUUCCCUGCUAGCUGUUAUCGUUGUAGCCCAUAGUUUCUGGGGCCUAGAAGCGAUAGCAGUGGAUUACGUUAGGGCCUCUUUGUUCGGGCCCGUCAUCCCUAAGAUAGCCAUCGGCCUGGUGUAUCUGAUCUCCAUCGCGACCCUGGGAGGCCUUUUCUACAUCAUAACCCACGACAUAGGUAUUGCCAACUCCAUCAGACAAUUCUGGUCGAUCAAAUCCGGACAGAAAGCGUAA